CACAUAAAAUUUCAACCCCAAUUGAAUCACAAUUCUAUUUUUAGAUCUUGUCAAAAUUUUCAAACCACCAUGAAAGCAAUUCACCACCUCCAUACCACCCAUCUCCACCAACUUAGCCACCAAUUACACAACAAUAGACUUUCCAUGGUCUAUGCCUACAAAGAUGGUUCAAUUGAAACUCAAAGAAAAACCUCAAAGAAAUCAAAUAGACUAGGUGAAACAUUAUCAAACCUUUUAAACAUUCAAAAACCAUACCAAAAGAUCAAUAAUCAUAGUACUUAUUCAAAUUGGAACACUUUGAACAUUGAAGACAAGGCUAACACACCUACCAUGUCACCUAAGGAGGACAUAUCCGAUCGAUGGCGUGACAUUCAUGGUGUUCAAGAAUGGGAAGGUCUUCUUGAUCCACUCCACCCAUUGCUUCGUCGAGAAAUUGUUAAAUAUGGCGAAUUUGCUCAAGCAACUUAUGAUGCAUUAGAUUUCGAUGCGUUCUCAGAGUAUUGUGGAAGUUGCAUGUAUAAUAGUCAUAAGUUGUUUGACAAGUUAGGCCUUAGCAAAAGUGGCUAUAAAGUUACUAAGUACAUCUAUGCAAUGUCACAUAUAGAUAUGCCACAAUGGCUUGAAAGAUCAAAAUUGACAUACACAUGGAGCAAAGAUUCAAAUUGGAUUGGUUUUGUUGCUGUGAGUGAUGACGAAGAAUCGCGACGAAUUGGGAGGAGAGACAUUGUUGUGGCAUGGAGAGGGACAGUGACACCUUCAGAAUGGUAUGAAAAUAUGCAGAGGAAAUUAGAGCCAAUUGGGCAUAUGGACUCAAAAGUGGAACAUGGUUUUCUUAGUAUUUACACAUCUAAGAGUGAUUCAACUAGGUAUAACAAAUCAAGUGCAUCAGAACAAGUCAUGAAAGAAUUGAAAAUAUUGGUGGAUUUUUACAAAAGCAAAGGUGAAGAAAUUAGCCUCACAAUAACAGGACAUAGCUUAGGGGGUGCACUAGCUCUCCUAAAUGCUUAUGAAUCAGCAGCAAAAUUUCCAAGAAUUCCAAUUAGUGUUAUUUCAUUUGCAGCCCCAAGAGUUGGAAAUAUUGCAUUUCGAGACGAGAUUUACCAGAUGGGAGUCAAAACUUUACGCGUUACAGUAAAACAAGAUUUAGUCCCUAGAAUGCCCGGAAUUGUUUUUAAUGAAAGUUUACAAAAAUUUGAUGAUUUUACAGGGACAUUGGAGUGGAUUUACACACAUGUUGGAGCAGAAUUGAAGCUUGAUGUUAGGUCAUCACCUUAUCUUAAAAGGGGAUUUAAUUUCAUAGGGUUUCAUAUGCUUGAGACAUAUCUUCAUUUAGUAGAUGGUUUUGUUAGUACAAGUUCAACUUUUAGGUCUAAUGCUAAAAGGGAUGUGGCAUUAGUGAAUAAGGAAUGUGAUAUGCUUGUAGAUGAGUUAAGAAUUCCUACUUGUUGGUAUCAAUUGGCCAACAAGGGGUUAGAGUGUAAUUCUUAUGGUAGGUGGGUAAGGCCCAAAAGAGAUCCAGAAGAUAUUCCUUCACCUACUAGAGAAGAUUAUAGUUAUGGAUUUUGAAUCCUUUUUCACUAUUUAAUUUA